CUUCUCUUUGCUUUCCUUUCUAGUCUAGCACUACCUCAAUUUUAAUAAACCAUGGGUGAAAUGCUCAGAGAUGUUCCCGAGUUCUUUGAAACAGAACUCGGUGAGAGCAUUAUCGCCAGAACGGAUGCUUUAGGAACGUUCCGUGAACUGGGUCCUCCUGACCUUUGCCAUAUUAUCAAGACAAACGCAAAGCCUGGUGUACGAGAGUUGGGCAGUUACCACUACGUUUCUGGUGUCGACGCUUCCUCAUCAGCUACACUUGCAGCUUAUUUGAACUCGUUGACCUAUUCUAUGGAUGAUACGCAGUCGUGGUUCUCUAAAUCGAAUGCUUGGAGAAUUCGUUCUGGAAUCUAUUGCUGUUUCAACGCUUUUUCGCGUGUGGAUGUUCGUGUUGAAGUCAAGAUUCCCGGAGGAGUGGAAUGCUACUUUGUGGAUGUGCGCGGUGAACGACACGAAGCGACGUCGGCUAUCUGGCAGGAAACGUAUCUUUCAGCAGUACUUCGUGCAAUCCUCUACUCUGACGAUAGCUAUUAUCGAUUAGCUGGCUAUCGCAAGAUUGAUCCUAUUACAAGCCUAAACGCCGAAGCCAAGUUCCUUGAAGCUGUUGAAGCCUUGUUCUGGAAGGGUUGGCAGCUUGGCAGCAAGCCCGAAAUCCAGGUCGCUACCUCAGUACACAACCACCUGACUGCAGGUGUCAUGAAAUAUUUUGGCGACAGUUUCCGUUAUGGGCCCGCCAUUGAACUAUUCCAAAGACUGCAAAAGAAGGAUCCCGAAGUGGGCGCUUUGCUUGCCGAAUCCUAUAUCGGUGCUAACGAGGAAACCAAGGCCGUCAAGGUGCUGUAUGACGACCUUAAACUGGCUUCCUUAAGCUACCCGCUUUUACAUGUGCAAGUCGAGUUUUUGCGUAGCAAGGGAAAGUAUGAUAUGGCAUUACAGCUGGCCAAAUAUGCAGUAAACACGACACCAUCCGAGUUUCUUACAUGGGCUAAAUUGACUGAUGUGUAUAUCGACAUUGGAGACUACAAAAAUGCUCUUUUGACCCUAAACUCGUGCCCCAUGUUCACAUACAGCGAACGCGAUAUGCAUCGAAUGCCUGCGCCUCAAAAAACACAUUUGCCCAUCAAGCAAGAUAUUGUCAAAUCGGGAAUCAUGGAAGAUGAUAUUGCUACCCGAGAAGCCGAGCCUGAUCCGAACCUGAUGCGUCUACCAGCACCAGCAUUGCACGGUACCUUUGCCAAAGCAUACUCGUUACUUACUCGACUCGCUGCCAAAAUUGGUUGGGAUGAUCUGUUGAAAUGCAGAUCUGGAGUAUUUGUUAUGGAGGAAGAAUACCGUAUCCUCAAGGCCAAGGAAGAAGAGCGUAAGACAAGCUUUUCACAUAGCUCAAAGUCGGUUAUUCAACAACAAGAGUCUUCUACGCCUUCUGUUCAAACCACCACAAGCACGCAACCGACGACUGUUGCUGACCAAGAAGAGUCGACACCAGAAGAAGAAGAAAAGAAAAUAAAAGAGACAGAUGCGGCAGAAGAAGAAGAAGAACAAACACAAGAGGAGAAAGACGAAGCGGAAGAGAAAAAAGAUCAAGAAGAGGCUGAGGUCGUUGCCGAAAAGAUGGAAAGCGUCGAUUUGAACGAUGAUGAGCCAAAGGCUUCCGACGUUCCCAAGAUGGACGAAACGUCCUUGUCACGUCCACAACAAGCCGCUGAAGAAUCCAAGGAGGGUAAUGAGGCCUCAAGCAGUGCACAAGAGGCAAGCUUUUCGUUCGGCAACAAGCGUCUUUGCGAACGAUGGCUGGAUAACUUGUUUAUGGUUUUGUACGAAGACUUACGUGUAUAUACAUUCUGGAGAACUGAGGCAGCACACUAUCGCUCGCAACAGAUGCCUUACCGCAAGACGGGUACUGAAUGGGAGCUUUUGGGUGAUCUUGCAUUGAGACUCUGGCACGAGAACGAGGCAAGAGAAUCCUACGAGAUGUGUCUCGACCACAAGUUCUCUGCAAAGGCAUGGAUGAAACUUUUGGAGAUUUACGCCAAAGAAGGAAAUGUUCAAAAGGCUUUGCUUGCUGCCGUCAAGUUGACAGUGUACCAUGAGCGCUGGUACCAUGAAAUUGUGUAUCCUACGGAAAUCGCCUGUAACUUGAACAAAUUGAUCCGCAAGGAAGGUCUCUCCAAGAUGCAAAACAUUUUAACAUCCAUGAACCUCCCGAGACCUGUACAAUCCCUGAUAACCCGAUACUUUGACUAUGGUGAACUCUUCAAGGUCGAAGGCUAUGAAUUCUAAUCAGGAACUAGUUUUUUUUUUUUUUGUGUGUGAUGAUGAUAAAAGAAGAAAAAAUCUUAUUAGAACAACCUCCACCUAGCAACCUUUCUUGUUACACUAAUCUUUCUUUUUUUAUAUGAAUAUACGUAUAUAUAAACAGAAAAAAGUGCUUCUUCUUAUUUUUUUUACUUGUUGGGGGCACACAAUUAUUUAUUCAAAUUUUUUACUGACCAUGCACGGUCAUCAUACUUGUUCAUCGUCAAGUUUUUGUUUCUUGGUCGGAGAAUGGCCAUCUUCUUCGUCUCUGUCGUUUUGUAUGCUCUCUGAUUCCUGAUGCUGCUGUUGUUGUUGUUGUUGUUGCUGCUGCUCUCCAGACGCACCUUCUUCUGCGGGUGCUUGUUCAGCCAAUUCUU